CUAUCUAUUGGUAGAGAAUUCCCAGUCCGCCAAAGAAAUGCCAAUCACAAUUAUGCGUAUACUCGCCUACAACAUAUCUUAUCCAAAGACAGUUCUAGGACCAGUUCGCUAUCCUCUGUGUCCUGUACCAGAUUAUGACAUGGGCAAGGUACAGAAGCUAGAAUCACAAGAAUUGUAUGACUACCUUACCCAUUUCCAGUACCCAUGUUAAUUUAGCGGAGUAUGCCAGGCAAUUUAUAGUUAAUUAAAAACUUAAAGUUAAAAAUUGUGCUUAAAAAUGUGACACCCUUAGUAAAUAUUGAUAAUCGAAGGGUUUUGUUUAUUUUCAGUUAAACUAACAAUACAAACAUAUAGUUAAGAACACCUACAUGAAAGUAGUGCUAACCUAGCUACUGGAGAUUAUGGUUGGAAUAAAAUGUUUUAAAUAUCUAAGAUUACUGUUCACAUCAGCAUUAAUUGUAGUGUUCAUAACAUUUACAACUGUAUCCAUUCUUAAAUAUGCUACCGGUGUAAAGUCAUUCACAGAUAAUAUUACUGAUGAUUUACCGGAGAAUAUAUCUCCACCUACAUUCUCAUUCUGCCCGUUUGAUCCUGUACAACAUACUGCAUGGGAAAAUCUGUACAAUUCUGAUACAUAUGAAAAAGUGGCAAGGAAAAUUGAGGAUCUUGUGGUAAACAUCACUGAUUUAGAGGAACACUACUAUGUUGAAAGAUUGAACACAAUGAGUGGAAAAUGCUUGGCUCUCACCUCAAAAAUGAAGAUUUCCCAGGAAAAAUCAGCUAAGAAUAAAUUCCAUCCCAUUUUAUUUAAGACCAAAGUGAAUGCAAGAUUACACAUGCCUGGAGAAGAGAUCAGUAUUGUGUACAAUGUGGAGGAUCAAGAUUCGAUUGACAUUGUGGAGUUUGAUGUUACAAACCAUUUGUGGUGUACUGCAACCUACGCAGAAUGGGAUGAUUCAGCCACCACGACUUGCAAAGCGUGGGAAACUGAUAAAGCCUUCUUCGAUUGUGUGAAAUCAAGUCUCCGAAGGACACUGCUUGAUAAUAACUCCAGCUGUAAUGUGCAUUUUGAAAAGUAUGUCAUGAAACAAAAUGAUAGUUUCAGAGAAUGUGACACUCCAGAGGAAGGGAUAAAAAGGAACAAACUAUUCGACCAAGCAAUUCUGCAAAUGUUUGACAAUGAUGAUGGAAAAUGUCUGCCAAGAUGUAUUUCAAGAGGUUGGAGAUUGAAAUGCUCGCUGAGCAGAUAUCCAUAUAAUGACUCAUCUAUAACAUCUCUCUAUGGAAGACUCGAAGUUAACAGCCGAAAGAAAACAAUCGAGUAUUACCUGAUGACUGAGCUGAAUCUAAUCGGUGAGGUGGGAGGAAUGCUGGGUCUCCUGCUGGGCUGGUCAAUCUUAGGUUCCUGUCUGGAUUUAGUUUCCUGUAUUUUCAUGAAAACAAUUAAAUAAAAGAUGAAAUACAAAAGAAAGGAAAAUUACAAGACUAAUA